CUUCGUCGAUCGCUGCGAUGAGUCGUUUCAUGUGCUGUCUCGGAGGCGGAAGCUCAAGUCAAGUAGUGCAAGACCCAGAGGAACUACCGCAACUACCCCAAGCACCGGAGCCAUCAGAUUCAUCUGAUUCAUCGGGACCAACAGAUUCAUCGGGAACUAGUGACGACGAAGGUUUCGUUAAAUUUCGAUGGAAUGAGAUCGUACAAGGAACCGAGAACUUUAAGAUAACACAUUUGAUCGGCCAAGGCAAAGUGGGCAAACUCUAUCGCUGCUAUUUCCCAAGAAUUCAUAAGGUUGGAGCUGCAAAGGUUAAUCAUGGCAACACGCCUGGUCUUGGUGACUUCUUGGCAGAGAUUAGAACGUUACGUGAAUCUGAUCACCCAAAUGUGAUUAAACUUCUCGGCAAACACUACGGCCAGACAAACACUGCCCUUGUCUACCAAUUCAUGCCUAAUGGCUCUCUUGACCACCAUCUCUUUGCAAAUGCAAGGCAGGUUCAGGGUCUAACACAAGCAACUCGGGUUUUGGAUUGGGACACGAGGAUGAGAAUUGCUGUGGGUGUAGCCGAAGGUCUGGUUUACGUACACCAGGGGCUUUUAUCGAUUCACAGAGAUGUCAAAUCCACAAACAUUGUGCUUGACGACAAUUUUGUCCCGAAGCUGACUGGUUUUGGAACCGCGACUAAGAUCGUUUACGAUGAAGACGGUGUUGAGAUGCAGAGGGGGAUCAGUAAGAAUGGAACUGAAGGAUACCUUCCACCGGAAACAGAGAACUUCGGGUUGGUUUCGACCAAGUCCGAUGUCUAUAGCUAUGGAGUUUUUCUGUUAGUGCUUUUCACCGGAAGGAAAGCUAAUGAUGAUCGGGAGAGACCUGAAGCGAAAAAGAAACUCACUGAUUGGUUAAUGCCAGUGUUGACUAGAUUGGAGUAUGCGCCUAUGGUUGUUGAUGUUGCGCUCGGUAAGAAGUAUUCGGCUCAUGGUUUAAACAGAAUAUUUGAAACUGCGAGGAUGUGUUUAAACGCGCACCCACUUGAACGGCCUGCAAUGGAUUUUGUGGAAACGUUGGUUCGUGAAGCUGCAGCUUACCUGGUCCCAGAGGAGCAGCCCCAGGUGAAAGAGAGACGUUGUUCGACAUAAGAAGUUUGA